AUGAAUGCAUUUCGCCAAGCUUUGCUAGACUACAAUCUUGCAGACCUGGGGGCGGCUGGAGGACCCUUCACAUGGAGUGAUGCCCACACAAAGGAGAGGUUGGAUCGGGUUGUUGGUUCCUUAAAGUGGCAAGGGACUUUUGGCUUUUCAAGGGUAGUUAACCUGCCCCCUAGCAGAUCUAACCACGUUCCUAUGCUUCUGGAGGUCCGAACGGAACAGAUUGUGCAUCAUAGAGGCAGGAGGCGGUUUAGAUUCGAAGAAAUGUGGUGUUCCCAUGAAUCUUUUACCCAGGUUGUGGAGGAGGCUUGGGCAGUACCCCAGAAUGGGAGCCCGAUAGUGCAAGUGUGUCGAAAGAUAAAGGAUACGGGAAAGACGUUGUUGGAUUGGGACAUAACUACUUUCAACAGUAGGAGGGAAGAGUUGGAUUCGGUCCGAUGCCGAUUGGAUUUGCUGUUGCAGAAGCCUUUUGACUCGGGUGACCAAGCUGAAAAGCUCCAAUUAUCUCGGCGAUUGAGUGAGUUGACGUCCAUUGAUGAAACUUAUUGGUGUCAACGUUCACAAGCAAUUUGGCUUAAAGAUGGAGAUAGGAAUUCCAAAUUUUUCCACCGAAGAGCCUCGAAUCGUAAGCAGAAGAAUAAGAUUAAAGGUUUGUUUGAUGAUAAUGGGGUAUGGCAGACUUCCUCUAAUGGCAUUGAAGACGUGGUUAUGAAAUACUUCCAGCAGGUUUAUGCUAGUCAGGCACUAGAUGUUAGAGCUUAA